CUCUCCCUGUGUCAUCUUGGUGCCGAGACUCUCGCUCACAGAGGCGCCACAAUGGAUCCUCUGACGGACACGGAUCCAGACUUAGAUUUGGGGCAGCGAUGAUCGGACGUCCAUCUCCAUCGCCGGGAUUCAUCCUCAGCACCAGUCUGACGAUGCGGCUGAGAUAAGCAGCUGAAUGAACGAUCUGUGGAGGAUUUUCAUCACGCAGCAGAUGAUCCGUCCGAGAUGGCGGGUUGUACAUCAGAACCGAUCUGCCAGCCGUGCGUUUACCAUCACGCGUUUAAAGUGGAGCUGCAGGUGAAGAGACCCCUGACGCCGGUUCGGCUGAGUCCCGAGCAGGUGGGCCUGGAGAUGCUGUGCCUCUGUGAACAACUGGACUUGCUGGUUCGGGCUCAGAUGCAGCAGUUCCAAGAGCAGCUAGGACAAGGCUGCUGUCCGGAGGAGUCAGACACUUUUCAGACUCAAGGAACAGAGAUCCUUGACCAGAUGCUGCAGUGCCUUGAACACCUACCAAAGCCGAUGCCACAGCUGGAGGAUUACUUGGACAUGGUUGGUUUGUCUGCCAUGUUUCCCCGUGUUGAGGUGUUUCUCAUUCAAGGCAGCCCUGUGGACAUGCUGGAGACACCGCCGAUGGAUGAAUACUUCCCCCACAUCUCCAAAUUGAACCAAGUGCUGGUGCUGAGCCAACAACUUGAAGAGGACAUCAGUCACCUUGGAAGUCACAAAUACAUUGCUCACCAGCUCUCAGUCAUUUAUCAAGUGCUCAGCUCUUUCAGAGGAAUUCAGGUCUUCUCUGAGAUAAAGAAAGAUAUUGAAUCCAACUUCAAACAGAUGAAGCAGUCGCUGGUGGCGGAGGAAGGUUCCAGACACGAACCUCAGCUUUCUGCUCAUUACAUCAACUGGGUUUUGAAAAUAACUCACAAGCUGACGUCUGUGGUGACUUCAAUGCCGGAGGAGCUGACAGAGGAUCUGCACCAGGCUGUCAGCUUCGUGUCACAGUUCCUGUCCUGACUCUUGAUGUUGACAGACGUUCAGCUCUGGAACUGUUAAAGGUGCUACUGACAGAGAUCGGACUUAAAAUCGUUUUAAAAUCCUGUUUGCUUUUAUAUCGUUCUUCUAAAUGUGUUUCUACAGUGAUAUCUGGGACUGAAUGUAAGCUUGUUAAAACCCCCUUGCACUAAUAUAAAUGUAAUUUUGUACCGUUAGGUGUGAUAAUAAAUUGAAUGCAAUAGAGCUGCUCCUAUUCUCCUCAUACACAAGUGGGACUGUUGAUGAUUGAAAGCAUGAGAUGUACAUUUUCAGUAACUCAGGUUACAAAGUUAUCCAGUGAACGCUUGGGUGUAUUCCAUGCGACCCGAUGAGAUAAAUG